AUGCUCAUGCUGAUGCUACACAAACGAACCACCGCUCGACCGGCCACACAGCAACACAGCCACAAUCUGUUGCAGAUGCGACAAACGAAUGGAGUCACCGCCUUUGUGUGUCUCCUGCUCAUCGGAGCGGCCAGCGUGACGGCCAAACCGAAGCCUGGCGGCAGUAGCGGCGGAGGAGGUGGCUGGUCCUCGAGUGGUGGCGGCAGCGGAGGAGGAGGUGGUGGCUGGUCCUCGAGCGGUGGAGGAGGCGGUGGCCAUGGAGGCGGGGGAGGUGGUGAUAUCCAGAUAAUCAAAGUGAUCACUGAGAGCGGAGGAGGCGGAGGCGGCGGCGGUGGAGGCUGGCAAUCUGGAGGAGGAGGCGGAGGAGGAGGAGACUGGUCAUCUGGCGGAGGAGGUGGUGGAGGAGGAGGCUGGUCAUCUGGCGGAGGCGGAGGUGGCGGUGGUGGAGAUGUCAAGCUCAUCAAGAUCAUUAGCCUGGGUGGAGGCGGCGGCGGUGGCGGUGGACACGGCGGUGGCGGAGGCGGAGGAGGCUGGUCGUCCGGCGGUGGCGGAGGAGGAGGAGGCUGGUCGUCCGGCGGUGGCGGAGGAGGCGGCGGUCAUGGAGGUGGCGGCGGCGGCAGUACCAAGGUCAUCAAGAUCAUCAAGCUGAGCAGCGGAGGAGGCGGCGGUGGUGGCCAUGGAGGUGGUGGAGGCGGCGGCGGAGGAGGCUGGUCCUCAGGGGGAGGUGGUGGCGGCGGUGGCUGGCAACCAGCCGGCGGCUGGGCCUAA